AUGACGCUCUACUACACCCUCGUGUUUAUGCUCCUGAUGCUGGAGAUGGCCUUGUUCAUGCUCCUCAUCGUUCCCCUCCCCUUCACCCUCAAACGCAAAAUCUUCACCUUCAUCUCCGAGAGCCCCCUUGUCGCCAAGAUCCAGUACUGGAUGAAGAUCUGUUUCGUCUUCAUUCUCAUCCUCUUCCUCGACAGCGUCAACCGGGUGUACCGCGUCCAAAUCGAGCUCAUUGCCGCUACGGAGAAUGCUAAUAAGGGAGGUGCCGGCGUCAUGGGCCAUGAGCGCCUCGAGGUCCAGGCCCGCAAGUUCUACUCCCAGCGCAACAUGUACCUCUGCGGCUUCACACUCUUCCUGUCCCUCAUCCUCAACCGCACCUACGUCAUGAUCCUCGAGGUCAUGCGCCUCGAGGAGAAGGUCAAGUCCUACGAGGGGACCAAGUCCGACACCGUCCAGAGCGAGAAGCUCGCCGUCGCCGGCAAGCCCGGCGAGCUCGCGGCCCUCAAGGACAAGCUCGCGAAGAAGGAGCAGGACCUCCAGAACCUCAAGAAGCAGAGCGAGCAGCUCAACAAGGCAUACAGCGAGCUCAGCGACAAGUACGCCGAGACUCAGAAGGACUACGAGAGCUCAAAGGGUAAAUAA